AUGGUGCUGUAUUACGAACUCAACCUUUUCUCUCCGACUUGUCGUUACCCGAGCCUAACAGGCUUUGAAAUUACGAUAACUAUUACUGUUACAGUAAUAUUUUCGAAGGUGUUUAAAGUCUGUGCAAGAAAAAUGGCAUCCAUACCUCCAUCGGCGUUUUCUUCAGCACGCAUCCGUGAAACACAACGAGAAAUGCAGAUUUCCAAUAUUAAGAAAGGGAAUGAGCCGACAAAAUAUUUCCAUCGAAAAUUGAUGGAGCUAUCGCCGCUGAAGUAUAAUAGUAAACUGAUGAACAGCAUUUGGGGAUUCUACAAUCGCUACUCGCCGCAUAACGUGAAGAAAAUCAAUGAUGCCAUGUCUUUCAAUGCGGAAUUGCAGCAGUCUGCUGGCAAUUUCCCCAACAAGAGUGAACCAGUAAUCACUCUGCCUACAUCAUCACUCGACAAUGUGUGGGCAUCGAUUAAUGUUUCACAAUCUCAUUAA